UCCCUCGACAUUCACACAUGCACCCGCAUGCCCCGAAUACCCGCUGUUACGCCAAGGACAAGCUUUCUUGAAAAGUUGGGUCCCAUCUGGUCAGCAGGAGGUGUGUAUAUAAAACUCAUCGCCGUUGCUGUUCCGCCCCAAAACAAGUGCUGGACUUCUCGGUGAUUGUGGAAAGAUGCUCAUGCAAGCAAGAGUUUGGUUAAUGCUGUUGCUGUGUUCGACUGGGUCGUACGGUGCCACAGUGGGACACACGGAGCGGGGCGACAUUCAGGCCACAUCAGGUCAGUCAAAUGGCAAAGGAGAUGAGGCUGAAGUCGGAGAUGUGUCCGGAAGGGUCAUUGUAAAGCCAAUUGGACCACCUGCCCAUUCAACACAUACUACUGAAGAGAUAGCAUGUAAUGAUGACCAGCCAGCUUACCAUCAUGCCGUGGAUGAUUUCGUGUCAGCCCUGAAUGAUGUCCGUGAAGCGGGAAGUCCGGAUUUCAAGCGUUUGGGACUGUGUUCUCAACAUGACGCAGUACCAAAUUUCCAAUAUCUAACCGAGAGUGAACACAGACAACAAAAAGGCCUUAAGGGUGCACAGGCUACAGAAGUAGAUAUCUGGGAGGGUGACAAGGAAGGUGAGAUCAUUUUGACCCUCAAAUUCCCAAGGUAUACCCGACCCACCAGCCCUGCUUCCAUGAUGCUCCUGUUUAAUGUGGAAUCCAAGGCAGAUGGGUUGACUAUUAAAUUCGACGGUCAUUUUCUUCACCCAGUUACACAGACGGUUUGCAUUUCGGAGAGCACACGUUUUUUCGUCCUUACCGGAGGACAGAGGGAGUCUCAUAUGCAUGCUCACUUGAAACUGAGACUGAAAGUUGAACCAUUGAAAGCUGAUGGGAAGAAACCAAGUUUGUCUGAGGUACAGAAAGUCUUGAUGAGGACGGUGGAUGAAAGCAACACCACAAUGAGGCCAAUGAUGCUUUUCAUUGCUGAAGGAACAGCUCAUUUAAAAUACCAUGGAAUUCCUGUGGAUCAACAACCUUCCAGCUCUCUUCCCCCAUCCAAAACAUUUAUUUUCCUGUGCGAGCUGCAGAAGUUCUUGAUGGACGUCCUUCCCCAAAAGGAGCCACCGGAAUCUCAGGAAGAGGAGAGCGGAGUCUCCUUAGAAACACUUCACUCCCUGCCACCUUUGACGCUUGGAGGGUCGUCCCCGCAGUCUCUUCUUUCAGGCCUGAUGAAUUCCUCCACUCCAACCGUAUUUCUCUUCCCAAAGCACAAGCAAAUACUGCAGACACACCACGUGGAGCUGAACCUGGAGCCUUCUUUGCUUUCUGUGCUCAGACUGAGAUUGGACGAAGCCAUGGCUCAGGUGAAAAAGGAGGAGGCGGGACAGAAGAUGAUUGACAGGCUGCAGAGAUUAAGUGAAAUGAGUGCUCUUCCUUCAGAGGGAAAGGAUGGUGAAGCAGUAACUACAGAGCAUAAAGAAGCCCAGUACAGGUCCGUCCUGCUGCUGAAGGCGCUGCAGACAGUACUCGGCAUCUGGGAAGUGGAACGGGCCCAGAGGGCAACCAGAGCGAAUGAGGACGGCUCGACGGCCCCCAAACAUUGUCGAAUACAGUCCUUGAUCGUGUCCUUGAGGAAAUACUUCAUUCAACCUACCACGGCCAAGAUCAAUAACUGCGAAGGGACCUGCACUUUCCCUAUAAGCACGAGCAGCAACAGCCACGUCAUCCUCCUGAUCAGCCACAUUCAGAACGGCAAUACCGUGGAUCGCUCUCCUUGUUGCGUGCCGGUGGAAUAUAAUGACCUCUGGGUGAUUCAGCUGGAGAGCCAAGGCACCAAUUUGUCCUGCAAGACCAAUAUGGUGGCGACCAGGUGCGAGUGUCGCUGACAGCCCUUAUGUGUAUUCAUAUAGUGCAACAUACGGAUGAAAGUUCACAAAUCUGCAUAAUCUGCGUUUAUUUUUGCCUGUAAAUGCAUAACUGAAUCCAAAACCGAUGCAAAUAUAACACUGAUAUUUGUGCAGAAAUGCAACAUAAGCUAUCUGCAUUUGAAAUGUAAAGAGGUCAUUUUAAAGAAAAUUAACAUAGACAGUAGCCUACUUUUUUUAGAUCACGAAAUAAUCAGCUAGAUUUGCUUUUAACGUGUAUUUGCAUCUGCAUUAAGCUUCUGAAAAUCUGUGUUUGAAUAAAGUAUAUAUAAAACAUAUUUUCUCUUUGUCAAUUAUAUUAUUGGGUCAAUUUGAUUUCAAUAUUUUUGGUAUCCCCAUUGAAAAACAUGUCAGGUGGUACAACCAAUCAUGCAAUCCCAGUGUCAUACUGAUUAUUAAAAGUGGCAUUUAAUAUUACAAUCCUGAAAAUAGUUUAAAAGUGUGAAACACUUUACUAUAAAUUUAAGAACAAUAUAUAUAUAUAUAUUUUUAAAUUAUAAUAAUUAUACAUUGGGUUUAAAUAACUUAUGCUGGGAUGUUUCAACACAUGGUUGUGUCAAAAUUUUCUAGGUUAAUAUGAAACAGCGGUUGUGUUUGUCCAUAAAAUUAUUAUCUUAUUAAAACUAUUUAGCUUAAUGUUUUUUUUAUUUCUUAGAUGAUCCAUAACAGUAACUUGCACCUUUUGACUUUCUUGUUGCACUACCUGACCUCUGCAAUGAAUUUACAUUUGACAGACUUCUAACUGGAUGCUGGUAUAAGCCCUUGUAAUAUCAAAUUCAUAAAUAUAAUUUUUAAAUACAAUUAAAAUGUGUUUGAUAAAAUAGCAUUAUUCUAGUUUUCAUUGGUUGUAUCACCCUAGACAGAAAGUGUACCAGCCUACCCAUUACAUUAAAAGAGACAUUUCAACAAGACUUUUUAACGAAAAUGUAACUCUUUGGUGUCCCCAAAGUACGUAUGUUAAGUUUUAGCUUAAAAAAACAUAUAAAUAUACAAUUAUAAAUACAUGUUAAAGGCUGGGUUUUUGAAAAACACUUUGGAAAAGGAAGUUGGGCCAAGU